AUGAAUGAGUGUAUUUUUCGCAGAAGCCUGCGAGAAACCAUCAGGUCUAAGAUCAUCUACAACCUGUGGUUGACCCUGUUUUUCUUCAACGUCUUCUUCAUGCUGGGCCUGUUAACGCACACUGUCGAGGACUCGGUUCUUUGUAAGGUGGUUGCUGCGGCACUACACUACCUGAUGCUGAGCUCACUCACCUGGUUGACCUUCACGACCUUUCACCUCCACGGUUCCAUGCUCAAUCAUCUCAAUCCGAAGGCUCCAUAUUUUUUUAUGACUUGCUUCUGUAUAGCGUGGGGCCUCCCAGCCCUGAGUGUGUGCGUGACGUUAGUGGCUGAACCGGACAACUACGGUCCAGAUCACACCGGAAUAUGCUGGCUGCAGGGAGCGGCUGUCGGGUUGGCGAUGGUGGGGCCCCUGAGUGCUGUCCUACUGCUCAACAGUGUCCCCAUCAUUCUCAUCUGCAUUAAAAUAAUCAACCUUCACGUCAAGAGCAGACAACUCGGCCUAGCACACAUCAAGGUUUUAAAAUCAUUUGCCACCUACACUGGUAUGCUCUUGCUGCUAGCGUUCACCUGGUCGUUUGCUGUUGUUGCUGUUGGCAAUACCAAUCAAUUCUUGAACUACCUGUUUGCUUUCUUUAACACCUGUCAGAGCAUCUACAUAUUCGCCCUGUACUGUGUGGCUAGCGACAGCGCCAUGAACGAGUGGUAUCGGUUUUUUGGAUGCUCCCGAAAAUGCAUCAAUGAACCGGACAUGACUUUGGACGAGAAGCGCAGCACAGAAAUUAUAGGAAUUCACGACUUCGUCUCUCAAGCCAUCAGAGUUGGUUACAGUGUUGCCAGUUUAGACAUUAGAAAAAGGAGAUUAGAGGGUGUCAAUAAAGAGAAUAGCCUGUGCCAUUCUCCAAGUUUUGAGGAGCAAAGUACUGACUCGUCAUCACAAUCAGUGGACAAUUCUUUGGACAAGACGGGAGAUUCUGGGGCGAUUGCUCAAGAUGAAAGAACAGCAG